CCGCCCGGCACAAGGGCCCUGAGCCUCCCGAGGACGAGUCCGCCUCCGAGAGGACCUGCCGUCGAGGAAGCCGGGAGGGCGGCGGGAUGAGUACUGAGCGGCAGGAGGAGGACGACGACGACGAGGAGGCGGCGGCGGCCGGCCGAGCGGGCCGCUCCACCUCCAGUCGCCUUCAGGACAGUCGCAGCCUGGACGGGCUGAGCGGGGCGUGCGGUGGCGCCGGGUCCGCAGGGGGUGCCGAGUCCGGCGCCGGCGGCGGGCGCCGCGCCACCAUCUCCAGCCCCCUAGAGCUCGAGGGCACAGUGAGUCGCCACGGCGACCUCACUCACUUUGUCGCCAACAACUUGCAGCUCAAGAUCCGUCUGAGCGGCGCCCCUCCGCCGCUGCCCCCUGCCCCUGCGCGGCCCUGCCCAGCGCCAGCACCCACGCUGACGCCGGCCAUCCCACCCAUCGACCCCGACGUGCUGCGGGAUCUGGAGCGGCUGACUCGGGAGCUGGGCGGCCGGGUGGACCGUCUGCUUCGCGGGUUGGGUGGCGCGGUGCAGGAGUUGACAGCGCUGAGUGUGGGCUGCAUCCAGACCUACCGCGACGCCGUAGACUCCCUAGGUGAAGCCGUGGACAUGAGCAUCAAGGGCAUGUACACCCUGCUGGCGCGCUGCGAGGAGCUGGAGCGGGCUCUGCAGCCGGUUCAGGGGCUGGCGCGCCAAGUCCGGGAUAUCCGACGCACUCUGGAGGUGUUGGAAGCCCUGUGCAAGUGACCAGGAGGACAGGGGAGGCCGGGUCUGGCCAGGGCAGGACCCAGCAGGACCCUAAGGACUCCAAGGAGCCCUAGUGGGAACUGCCCGCUGAGGGGAGGCCUGUGUGUUGGAAGCUCUUCCAGAUGCGUUUGUCUGGCCCCUGCCCACUUGCUGGGGCUUAGGCACGUGUAUAUGGGGACGUUCUAACAGCUCUUCUGGUGGGAAGGGAUAUUGCUCUGCUUCUAUUCUGUUGGCCAUCUGUAGCUACCCUGUUCUUCCCAGCUCUCUUCCCUAGCUAGAGCACCAUCCCUGGGAACCUGGAGCUUUAAGGGUCCCUUGAAGGUGAGGACAUGAUUCCCAUAUGUGGGAUCAGAAGGGAAGAGAGGAGGCCCCAGCCCCCACUGUGGCCAUCGUGACUUUAGUGGUCACAUCUCAGGUGCCAGGGGCUGUGGGAGCUUGAGUGGCUCUUGUCUGAACACCACGAGGCAAGAAUGCACACUGUAGGUGGAAAACCUCCUGCUUCCGCCCUCUGGCCCUCUACCACACUACUUCCCCAGCCAGUACGGGGUGGAGCUAGGAGGAAUGCAUUGCGUGGUGGAGGUGGUGAUGUGGGAGGUGUCUCACUGCUCUCAGGGUUCCGGUAGAAUGUUGCUGGUUUUGAAGCCCACCUGUUGUGGAGUGUUCUAAUCAGUUUUGGCUUUCUGAGUUUUUGUGGAAUUAAAGUGCUGCUGCUGCCAAGGCUGAGGCUG